UAUGUGAGUGAAUGUGACAGAUCACCAGGAAAAUGGUUGCCCCGAUUGAGAUGAGAAGCUCUAGCGCUUUAUUGAUCGCACCCUGAUAAUUCUGUGGAUCCCUUUCGCAUUUUGCAUCAUCUUUUGUCGCAUGUAGCUGGAAUCCAAUCAUAUCACGAGCAAGCCUAAUCUUUUUGCUAUAUAAUGCAUGAAAAAUUAAGAAUCAAAUUUACUUCUGAUACAACAAAAUUUUUUGUACCUAGUCGCUCCGACGACCAGAAUAUCCCACACGUCGAUGUCAGGUUAUCUUUAAUGCUGAUAUUGCGCAACCUUUCAUGAUCGGUGUUUGUUAAUGUUGUCCAUGAUCUUGCAUUUAAAUAUGAACCUUAUGCGAUAAAAGUCACGUAUAGAUUGAUAGUGACUGAAUUCUCCAUCUGACUUAAAAGUGCCGUAGUGGCACAGUUUAGAAAGAUAAAUUUAGAUCAAUGUACGUGUGACGCUUUUAUAUCCUGUCUUUCUUUCAAGCGAAACAAUCGGGACCGGUUACACAAGGGUCUACCAAAGCACCUGGAUCAAGUAAGACGAAUCUUUAUGUUUCUGACUGAGAGAGUUUUGUAUCUCGAUGUUCGUUGUUAUAAGUUUUUUUUAUUCAGCGAGGAUAGUUAGUUAUACCCAUUACCGUUAGCGGUGUAGGAUGAGAAUCGUAAGAAAACUACUAAGAACACAAAGGGGAAAGCAGAUGUAUUUACCGUUAUUGUCGCUAAUGAAUACUUCUGUAACUUUUCGCUGUACUACUUUGUGAGAUGCUGCCAAAUCCUUCCCUCUAGGUUCGACCGCACGUUGUUUCUACUUAAAAUAAUCUCUUAUAUUUGGAUGAAUAGGUCUAGUUUGAGUAUUCUGCUUGAUCAGCUCGCGUCAUUGGUCUCUGCCGAGAGUUUGUCUUCUCUUGUGGAAAAUAUUCAGAGUUUGUAUAUCAUUUUGAAUGUUAUCUUCCCAUCUCUUCCUUAUACCAAUAUUUCGAGGCCGUUUCUCUUCAGCAAAGCAUGAAAACAUAAUCUUUUUCACUAUCGAUGGCUUCACCAUCACUGUUCAGCAUUCGAUUAGCAUGUCCAAAUCAUCUCAAUCUGUUCCUACGCAACGAGGAUAGAAGUGUAAAGUAUGAGAGAGAAUGGGAUAGAUCACCACGAAAAUGGUUUCCUCGAUGGAGAUCAGAGACGGUAGUACUUUAUUGACCGUACCUGGAUCAUGCUGUGGCUUAGAAAAACAAUUUUAUCCACUUUUUUUGGAUAAGCUUUCGAAAAAGGUUGGAUCGAUUACAGCCAAUUGGCCGAUCCGUUACCUAUUUGUUGAUCUGGUUACAACUCUACUACAAUAAGUCGCGUCCAAAAACCAGUAAGUAGUCUCUUAUUAUAUUUUCCUUGUUCCGUUUAGCUAUCAAAGCUGGAGGUCUUUGCACUGACACAUAUGGUACUCCAACAUUUUUGGAAAGUUUUGGUGCAGGAAACUCUGAAUAUUCUUCAGCAACACCCGCUAGUUUGGGUUUUACUACUACUUACACGGACAAAGGUAGGCCUACACCCGACGGCUCGUUCACCAUCGUCAAUGAUGUUCCUCACGAUUAUAACACUUGGAUAAAUGGUACCGAUCACACUGGUAAUGCGGGAGGCUAUAUGAUGUUGGUUAAUGCUGCUGGUACUCCUGGUGAAGUUUUCAGACGUACCAUCAGUGGUUUAACUCCUGGAAUCCGCUAUCAGUUUUCGGCUUUUAUAUCCAAUAUAAAUUACGGAUAUAAUCAAAUAAAACCUAACAUCAACUUUAACAUUGUAACCGCUACAAAUGAUACAGUGGCAAGCAUGUCCUCUGGCGAUAUAAAUGAGACCCAGACUCUUCAGUGGAAGAAAGUCGGUAUGUCGUUUGUGUCACCUUUGACGACCCUUACAUUGGUUAUGGUCACAAAUGCUCCUGGUGGUAGUGGAAAUGAUUUUGUUGUUGAUGAUAUAUCACUAGCUCCAUGCAUUCAGAGCACAUAA